AUGGCGGCAUGGCUAUACCAACCUGUUAUGUUCCAGUCCAGUCGGGCAUUCGACUGUGAGGGCUUCACUCCCGAACAAUGCGCCUUUUACAAGGAGCAUUGGCAUAAUUGGUAUGUCGCCGACUGGACUUUUUCGCUACCAACCGUGGCAUUUUUUAUGACAGGGAUUGGAAUCUUCAUUAUCGGCUAUGCUCUCACUCAAUUGCUCCCUCUUUCGCACCGACCUGGACUUCCGAUAUGGCGAAGAUGCGUCGCCGCAACUCGGUACCUAUCUUACCGAGGAUUCCAUAUCAAAUCCUUGGGAUGGAACUCUGCUCCUGUCGGAGUCCUUUUUCUGGGGGUUGUGGCCACCAUCUACUUCUUCUGCAUGGAAUUAGUUCCAUCUCCAUACUAUUGGCCAGGUACAGACACGGUCUGGGGCAACUCGCCACCGCUGGGAACUAGAUCUGGCUGGCUAGCUUUGGCAUGCAUGCCAUUUUUAUUUGCGACGGCGAGUAAAGCAAAUUGGAUUUCGCUAGUGACAGGUGUGCCGCAUGAGAAACUCCAAAUCUUUCACCGCUGGAUCGCAUACGCGUUUAUGAUCACCGCCCUGAUGCAUACGUUUCCGUUCAUUGUCUGGCAUAUUCGAAACCACGAUAUGGUCAACCAGUUCUGGGAAACCAACAUCUUUGAAUACUGGACCGGGAUUGUUGCUCUUCUGUUUCAGGCGUGGCUUACUUUCGCAUCUUGGGGCCCGAUCCGGAAUUGGGGAUAUGAAUUUUUCAAAGCUGCACACUUCUUCUCGGCCGUUGUAUUUAUGGUCGUGUUCUUUUGGCACUGUGGCGGCACGCUCACAUCAUGGGACUACUUUGUGGCAACAGCAGCAAUUUACGUACCCUGCUGGACGUAUCCGUGGCUCCGAACCCUCUUCGAGUACGGCAUUGGCCAGAAGGCACAAAUUAUCGUUGAGGACAACGAUAUUAUCCGCGUCACUAUACCGGCCAACUUUCAAUGGCGGCCUGGUCAGCAUUGUUUCUUACGAUUCCGCAGCUUCGGCAUUGGUGCUCUUACCUCUCACCCGUUCACCAUCUGUUCACUACCCUCGACAUUACCGGACAGGUUAUCCGAGAUUGUGUUCUACAUUCGGCCACGCGGAGGCUUUACAGGAAGGCUCUAUAAAUAUGCGACAGCAAAUCCAGGGGUACGGAUACCCGUGCUCGUUGACGGUCCGUACGGAGGCAUAGACAAUCAAAAGUACUUCAGCAGUGAUCGUCUUAUUCUAGUUGCCGGCGGCUCUGGGGCUGGGUGGAUGUUGCCAUUCAUUGAGCAGUUCCUGCGCCAUAUUUCUGUCACAGAGCCUCAGAAUCCUCAAAGUCUUGUUGAAAAGGAGAAAGAGACCACACAAGCUUCUGACGAGCCAAUUCGACCACGAAUUUCGCACGGACCUCAAACAAUACGUGUCAUACUGGCAACACGGGACAUAGCGACUCGGACAUGGUUUCACUCAGCCGUCAACAACUUAGUCUCUGCCUAUGACUCAUCAGGUUUGAGCAAUGGUUUAUCUGUUGAAGUACACUUAACCAGAGAGGCCGAGCGUAUCGUGCAACUUUCGCACAAGGCUAGUUCUGAUCCGCAGAGAUCCGAUUCCUCCGUCCAAGAGAAGAUCUUUACCGCAAAAGAUCAGGGCGGGCAAGAAGAGCCUCACACGGCUGAGAUAUCGGGGGAAGAUACUUGCGGUCGUCCAGACCUUCCGGCGAUAAUUCGAGAAGAAGCCUCUGCGGCGGCAAGCACGAGAGGAACAGUCGGUGUCUUCGUCUGCGGACCGCUUGAGAUGCAGGACGACGUCCGUAAUGCUGUUGCGGAUGAGAACCUGAACAUCUUGAAGAGUCCAAAAUCCGGUGGGAUGUAUUUGCAUCUUGAACAUUUCUCGUGGGCAUAG